AUGGAGGCCCAAGAGACCCCGCGUGAUGUAGAAAUGUCGGACCAGCAGCAGCAGCAGCCGCCCGAGAUCAAGCGGCCUUCGAUCCAGCUGCAGACGCAGCAGCCAAGCCUGAAUGCCGUCUCGCCCAACUUUGGCGAACGGCUAUUCCGCCUCAAGACUCUGGGGCAGGAGGAGAUGCGGGAAUUUAAUGAGAGGCCGAAUGCCGCCAUUUCCAUGACGCCCAAGGAGUAUGAGGAGGUUGCAAAGAGCCUGAAAGCCGGCUCGGUGCAAUGGAAGACAGCCGCUCGCUGGUUAUCAAGGUGGUAUGUUUUGACACAGGAUGAGGAUCGCGCGAGGCAAUUUUUCAGAGCCUGGUUCCUCCUCAAAGAUCAGUUCUGGGACAAAGACCAAAUGACUGUCCCCAAGGGCACAUUUACCAUCUCGUGCGCUGAGAUCGAUCAGUUCCGCCCUCUCUUUGACAGCAUGGCGAGAGACCUGGAGCAGGCCAGGCCUGUCAGUUUUAACCAGGGUCUUGCGCAAAACAAUACACGGCUACAAACGCACCAGCCCCAGGGCCAAAACACGCAUCAGCUACUGUCAGAUCUUCUUACACCUCAGAGUGUGAGAAGCUUCUGGAACGAUCCGGCCACGCCGCAGACCCCAAUUGCCCGGGAGCAAGGCUGGGGUUACUCAAUAGGCGAAAAGUUGGCCAUCUCUACAAACAACCAAGGGCAAUACGAAACGGACGACAAGACUCCGAUUGCCCCUACUGGCCAGUCGUCUUUCGGGCAACCGCCGAGAAGUCAUUGGCAGUUCGCGCAGGAUUCCAUGUCUCCUGUUACGUCUGAACGCCAUCCGUUCAGCUUCAGCUCUAUGGAUGUUCGUGCUGCUCGUCAAGUACCGCCUCAGGCGGGCCAAGACCAAAAGCCCAAGGAGGAAACGAAUCGAGAGAACGCUUGA